UGAAUUUUAUUUUGACAUUGACAUAAAAACAACGUGAUUUUGAUGUUAUUUAGGAACAGUAAAAGUGAUGCAAUCUCGUAUUUAAAAUUUGUUUUUCUGAAACAAUAGUACAAUGUCUCGAAAAUCAUUAAUUGACUUUGUAGUAAAAUAUCACAAGCCACGUCUAUUAAACAACGUGGUAUGUUUUCCAAGUAAUGGCAAUUCAUUUUUCGGAAGGCGAUUUUUAAUCCCAACUGCUGCAUCAACGCCAAAAAUUCAAUCACCAAGAAAUUUCAGUACCUCAUAUUCAAAACUAAACGAAGUCCAGCUUACUAAUGAGCCAAAGAAGACAGACGGAAAGUUUCAGUUGAUGUUUACAUGUAAAAAAUGCAAUACUCGAAAUUCAAAGUUCAUUACAAAACUAGCGUACUACAAAGGUGUUGUAAUUGUUAUAUGUGACGGUUGCGAUAAUAAACAUCUUAUUGCCGAUAAUCUGAACUGGUUCACCGAUAUGAAUGGAAAGAAAAAUAUUGAAGAUAUCAUGGCAGAAAAGGGGGAGACUGUACAGAAGAUUAUGUCAAAUGAUUUAGAAUUUAUAGCCAAUGAAAUUGUUAGUAAUAUUGAAAAGAAAGCAUUGGAUGGAUAGGUUUUUUUAUUUUAUUUCAAAUAAAUUAAUGUAAAGUGUACAUUAAUUUAUU